CGUCAGUCUGCGUCUCUCUGACUGUCUGUCACAUUAUUUGGACUUCGUGUCUCUCAAUCUACUCAUCAUGAUGACUCCACAGCUGCUGUGUGUUCCUCUGCUGCUGUCACUGGUGAGCUCGGCGUCCAGCAGGGCUGUCAGCCAAGACAUGCUGGAGGUUUCCACUCCCUCUGAUCAGGACGCGACCCUGAGGUGCACCGCCAAACAAAUACCCGGGGUCCAGUACAGCUCCGUGAGGUGGUACAAGGCUGGAAGUGACUCGACUCAUCAGCGCAACGGCCUUCUAGCCAAAAACCUCCCAAACGGCACCACCAGAUGGUACAAAGACAUGACCAGGAAAGUGCAGCUGCAGGGUGAAUCCCUUGACCUCUUCCUGCCCAACGUGACGUGCAGCGAUAGUGGAGUGUACCUGUGUUUUCUGGCUGCACCUGUGGGACAGCAGAACCAGGAGGGAAAAGUUCUGCUCACACUGCCAGAUUGUCCUGCUGAUGCCACAGAAUCUCCCAUCGGACCUGAAACCACUUUGCUGGCAGAUAAAGUCCUGGUUAUUUUUGCCUCAGCGCUGCUGGUGCUCGCACUUCUCAUUUCCUUCUUGAGCUAUAAAUGUUUGAAGAAUACAAUCAAGGAUAGAAAUCAGGUAGCCAAGAAAGAAAUCUCGUUGAACGCGCCGCUCAAGCCGCUGGAAAAGAAGGACUUGAUGUUGAUUUACACUUUGGGUCCCAAAAUGUCCAAGUUGCAGCAUAUUUGUGUCUGAAGACUAUCUGAGAAAGAUUUGACAGAGUCUGCCUCCUCCGAGACAACAAACAUGCAAGCAAAGAAGAAGGAUCUAUGGAGAGACGGUCAAAGUGUCUGCUGGGUCCAGGAUGCGGGUCGGGACUUUGGUCCGGGAUGCUUGGGCUGUUCCUGUUCAGAUCAGAAAGGUGCACAGGAAACUUUGCUUGGAUGCUCAAUGCCUCAAUUAACAAAACAAUAAAAAUGCAAUAUUAGCCGCUUCAUACGCAGGACUUCUCAUGGCAAACAUCUAUUGCAUAGUAAAGCUCUUUUUUUUUUU